AUGCCUGCGUUGACUUUCUUGGGUAGGACGUGGUCUUUCGCGUCCGACGACUUUGUUUGUACUGGUAUUGUUAACUUUUUAUUGAGGAUAUUGUGCGUUUUCAUCAUGGUUAUGCCGCUCACGAUAGCCAACGAUCCAACUGUUUGUCUUCCAAAUGUAAUAGACAAGAUUUUCUGUGUGCUUCUGUUUCUUAUAAUGGGAGGUUUACUGAUUUUUGACGCAGCACUAUCAUUUUCAAGCAGCAAGGGUGGAGUGAUGGAGACCAGUUUGCGUUCACCUGUCCCUUUUUACCUCGGGGCAGUUUGCAUAUUUUCCCUUGUAUCGUCAGUGCUGCAUUGUGUUAACUUGUAUUUAGUUGUUAAUAAAUACACGUUGUGUGAAAAGCAGGUUGUUGAUUGCUAUAUAGCAGGGAACGCCAUUGCGGUAGCUCAUGUGAUUGGUUUCUACUUUUUUCUAAUGUUACACUAUCGUAAGGCUGGUGCCUUUUGGAGCCGAUUGACUAACGACCCUACUGUAUUCAAGCAGGGUUGUCUGAAUCCAAAUGUUAAUCUUUCCACGAAGCAGUUAGUGAUGCUUAAGCGAAGAAAGGCUGUUCAACGGAAGUUGGAAUGUUUACGGGCCUUUCGUCGCUUACCUUUUUGUAAAACUGAUCGGUCGACAAUGCAAACUGAUAAAACAAUAAUCACUUCCGCAGCGGCUUUGUUUUCAGAUAUAUUUUACGAUGUAGACUUAGUCGCAAGUGAUAUAGUCGCAGGCCUCUUUCUUCUACGUUGGCAAACUAAACAGUGGGUUGGUACCGGUCAUCGUAUUCCUUUAAGCUUAAUAUAUCAAGAUACUUCUCCUUCGGAUUUAAACGUUGAUAUCUUGGUGAAAGGUGACCAGAUUCCGGAUCCAUGGCUCGGUAUUCAAAGAAUAUAUCGAAUUGCCGAAUUAGUAACUGCAGUCUACGGAAAGUUAUUAUACUAUAGCAUGAAUCUUGGUAAACCAGGUGCCACUUGUAGACUGCUUCAUCAUUUACCUUAUUGUUUAAAUUCUUGUAAUCCUGUAUCAUCUGGAAAUACAAAACUUAGUUGUUGUAUAUGCUCAAAAUAUACAUGCGAUCUGGCAGCUAUACUCGAGUUCACUUGUUUAAGAGAAGAUCAGUUUAUUAAACUGUCUUAUGAUAAUUCAGUUUACCAAUCUCCUUACUUUGUAGCAGUCGAUGAUUUUAGUAAAUGUAUUGUUAUCUCUAUCCGUGGUACUUUGUCGUUCGAUGACACUAUAGUCGACUUGCUGUACGAUGGUGUACGAUUGAGUGAAGUUGAAGAUUUUGUCGAAUCAAAAACGGGUAGACGACCAUGUUUUAUUGGACAUCGUGGUAUGGUAGAACGAUCAAGACAUUUAUACAGUUGUUUACUAACUGAUCAUUCAAUUGAAACGGCAUUUAGUAGAAAACCACAAUAUAAAUUAGUGGUAUGUGGUCAUAGUCUGGGUGCUGGCAUUGCAUCUUUUCUUUCGGUCAUCCUACACUGUAAAUAUCCUGAUGUGAAAGGUUAUGCUUUCAGUGCACCUUUGGGUAUGAUGAAUCAAGAACUAGCCGACUAUUGUAAACCUUUUCUACUAUCCAUCAUCUAUGGAUACGACAUUUUCGCACGUAUGAAUAAAUCAACGAUAUCGGAUUUCAAGUGGAGACUAAUUGAUGCUUUAUCUGCUUGUAAAGUACCCAAGCAUCGUCUUUUAAGUCGGGGAUUAUUUUUAUGCAUGCGCCGUUGUUUGUUUAAAUGGUGUUUACCUCAAUGUUUUCAACCAGAAUCUUCCACAACUGUUGGUAGUGAUACUCUACUACUGGAUGCAAGCACUCAAGAGCGUUUAAUUUACUCCCUUCCACAAAUUCCAUGUGAUAAUGACGAAAUGCGAAUUCGGUUCUCAGUAGAUGAUGAUACUUCCAAUUCAGAUUCCACAAGUGCUUAUUGUACUGCACGAUCCAGUCGUUUUCGUCCUGGUCCACGUUCAAUUUUGUGCUGGAUCAAUCCUAAUAGUCUUCCAACAGAUUCCCAAUCUAAAAUGCCUGUUUCACAUGUUCAAUAUCCAAACAAUAACAAUACUGAAAUAAAUUCGUGCUCUUCUAAUGAAAUUCAGUCGCGUGAUCUUGAAUCAUAUGAUCUAUCUAACAGUGUGUUUGGUGGUUUAGUGCUUCAUUUAGUCGAUGUUAAGGUUGAUACAGUUGUCGAUGACAGUUCUACUGGUUUCGUGAUAGAUGGAAAUAAUUCUCAAGGAAAUAUCGAACGCACUUCACCAAAUUGUAGUUCUAGAGUGGAAAAGAUGUUUUCAGCAAAGUGUGGUAAAAUGGGUGCAUGUUGUGUUAAACCUCGUAAAUUGGGGAAAACGAUAGUUGGUGUCUGGUCGAACCCACAACAAUUUCAAACGAUUCUAAUCCACCCGAAAAUGUUAAGUCAUCAUUUGCCAGAUCGAAUUUUGGAAGCAGUAAGUUGCCUACAUCAAGAGUUACUUUCGGAAUCAGCAAACUCUUUAGAUAAUAAUGAUAUCCUAAACAGUUUAAAAUCAUCCGGUUAUAUACGAAAGUUGAAAAAUACUUCUUAA